GACAAUGCUGGCAACGCAACAUGUCCAGAGUCACACAUUCGGGGAAGGCAGCGGCGACAGUGCCGCGGUGGGCGCGAUGGCUGGAGCUCAUCCUUUCCUUCCUGGCAAGUGUAUGUGUUCUAUUCGCCUUCACAAGACUGGAUGUGUCUAUUCUUCACAGACCGAUCAAUCAACCCAGCGACUCGGCGCGAGGUCCAUGGCCCCACGUGAAGCGUGGGUUCAUCGUGCCAAUGUUUGACAGCAUGCUUCCCAUUGGCAUUUCACUGAUCCAAGAGUUGCGGCGAAUGGGAAACCGCGAUCUCGUGCAAGUGUACCAUUGCUUAGCGGAACUGUCGCCGCUGUCGCUGCGACUACUGCAUCGCGCCGACGCGUACGUCGAGGUAGUGGACGUGUGCGCGGAUUUCGUGGCGCAAGACAAGUUCACGUGGACCGAAGCACGGCGUUUCCGUAACUUCUUCAUCAAGCCACUGGCGCUCGUCCACACCCGUCUCGAGGAAGUCAUCUUGCUGGACGCGGAUGACAUCUUGUUUAUCGAUCCCGCCACAUUGUGGGACGUCGACGCGUACAAGGCAACGGGAACCAUGUUCUUCUACGAUCGGGAGAUCGUUGAGGACACGUUCAUGCGGCUCAAGUACACGCAUGUGGACCCGACGACCAACAAUGUCGUUGAUGAGAACACGUUGCAACAAAUGUUUCGCCUGUUCGAGUUCGACCGGUUUGGGCUGCGCCGACCAAUUGGACCGUCACCUCGCACGGCGUCAUCCCUCGUGUACACGAACCAAAGUGCCCACGAACAAGACUCGAGCAUUGUCGUCGUGGAUAAGCGGCGCCAUCCGCGGGCCAUGGACGUGCUGUGGUUCCUCAUCACGAACUGGCGCUUUCGAUUCCCCAAGUACUCGUGGGGAGACAAAGAGAACUUUUGGCUUGCGUACGAGCUGAGCCAGUCGCCGUAUUCGUUCUCGCCGCAUGCAGCCACUGCCGCAGGCGUCGUGCAGCCCCACGAUCCCUUGACAGUAUGCGGCGAAAUCGCCCACUAUUUCCCCACGUCACCCAACACGACGCUCUUGCAUAUCAAUGGCAACGCUCUGAUCAAUCCAUACACCAAGACGAAUGCAAUCAACGGGUACGACAAGGCGUUCCGGCCGUCUAAGCUCGACCUCUUGGUGCGAUCCGUUCCCACUCACGUCGCGCCCCCACGUGUCCGGAGUCCAACACCCAUCGUCCAGCCCAACGCAUCAUGCCCACAAGAAUGCCUCUACCAACGAGGAGUGCAGCUCAUGACGAAGGCACAGCAGCAGGCGUUGGUGCGCCGCAUCCACGACACAUUUGCCGUUGCAGCGCAAGUGGAUGCCCACGCCCCAUUGUUGUCGCAAUCGACCCUGCUUAUCGCAGUUGCAAUCAUGUGCACGGUGGUUUUCGGUGCUGCGCAGUAUCGAUCGAUCGCUCGAUGAGCAUGUGGAUCAUUCACAUGGCAUCCACACGACGCGUCGAAUGGCACAAAGAUGACAGAUUGAUGGAUUGCUGGUUACGUUGGUGAACAUGGAAUAUCGCCUUCUCAUGAGUUGGCAAGCCGUGUGGUUCUACAAAUUAUAUUUACAUGAC